GUCUUGUGUCAACUACCGGUACAAAAGUAGGGUGUUGACAGCGAAUAAAAUAGUAACUGUUGCGCGCACAAGACCGUGGUGUAUGUACAGAUAGUGUGUGGUCUCUUAACGCUUACAUCUGUUCUGUUCAUUUGGUUACAAAUGCAUAUUUUUGGAGAUUUGCAUAAUGUGGUGCAUGCAUGGAAUUCUGUGGAUGCGCUGGUUGCUGGCCGGCUCCAGCAUGGCAGGGUCAUCGAUGUCCAUGCCGACGGACUGAUUAUCGAUUUUGAAUCCCCACAUCAGUGCUCGCAGUUUCUUGAGUCUGGGAUGAUUUCUGACAGCUCGGAUAAACUCACUACGGAAAACGAGUGGAGCCGGAAUCGCUGCAGUGAUAAUUGUAGGAAGACAGAAGUUGAUGUCCUGCAAGUGCUUAUGCGCUCUCGUUUUGGCCGCCCGUGGGUGUGGUAUCCGGCGAAAUUUUUACCGCUUCAGUGGAAUUAUGAGGCAUCGGUAUGCGGGUAUGUUGAGGUACAGCUGGAAGAUGCGACUGUUACGGAAAUGUUGCCGUCUUGGCAGAUCUUUCGGCGUCCAGCGGUGGAUGACCUCGCGACGAGGAAGACUGGAAGAGGUCAUUUUGUCAUCAGAACGUGUGACCUGCCGAGCAGUUGCUCGUCUAUGAUAACGUCUGCUUUAUCGGUCAAUUUUAGAACAUCACUACAAAGACAGUCCAAUGUACAUUGGAUGUCGGUAACCGACGACAAACUGCUUUACCUUCAGCGCGCUGAUAAAAGUUCCAUUGAACCCGCUAAUCUGGUGGAAUGCUUCCAAAACAAUGACAAAUGGGAAAUCAAUGAUGAAUGCAAGCAGGUGACCUCUUCUAAGGAAUGUCAAAUACCGCAUCAGUGGCAUCACCAUAACGCUGAAACAAUGCACAGCGCCGACAAAAUGGGUCUUCCGAUAGAGCUGCUUACGGAGAUUUUUCAGUCAUUCGACAGUGUACAUCGCAGCAGAUGUCGGCGAACAUGCUAUCUAUGGAACUCAAUACUCUCGUCCCAGGCAAAUUUUACCGACAUUUGGAUAGCCGGUAAAGACCAUGCUUCGUCUAGCCUAAAAGGUCACGGGAAGAAUGUGUAUUCACUGGCCAACUCUCUUCCAAAACAACCUAAUAACCGGAUCAAAAGUGUGACCUUUACUGAUGCACAUUACAACGAAGAUUGUACAGAUAUUGCGCUUAUGAAUCAGCUGAUGCAGACAACAAUUCCCAAGCUUCGAAGGAUUGUUUUUCACCGCUGCGAGUUUGGGAUGCGGCAAUGCGUCAAGGGAGAGUUGCGGACAUUGACAUGUAGUUUUGCCGUGGAUUGUGUGAUUGUAUGGAAAGAUUGUCGCUUGUCGCAUCCUGCUGGCCGUUUAUACGCUGAUUUUUCGUUGACAUUCGAAAAUACGAAGGAUUCGAGGGUGACUGAUAUGGAAUCCCGCUUGUGGGACUUGUUUAAAAAAUCUCUGAAAUUUGAUUACCACGACGUCAGACUUCCGCUUGUUUUCAUGUAAAGCGUUUCAUUCUCCAGAACAUCGCCGGUGCUAUGAUGCUCACAGAUGCUGUAACAAAUUUUGUUACUUGUACAGAUACUUCUAUGGAUAUUUCCCAGUUCGCUACGAAAUAGAAUUAGUGUGCAUAUAGAUGUUAAAGUUGUCUGCGAAUACUUCGACACCGCGUGAUGAG